AUGAAGAAGGUAGAUGAAGUGAAGAAGGAAGUUGACAUUGGAGUUGCUCUUAAAGGAUCAUCAACUGAAGAUUCAAUGGCUAUGUUGUCAAGACAGUUUACUAAAUAUCUGAAACGAAAGGGAAAAGAGAGGAAGGAUAGAAUUGAUGAAGAGUUGAGAAGUUCAUCAAAGAAUGUGCAAUGUUUUGAAUGCAAAGGAUAUGGACAUGUUCGUUCGGAAUGCGCCAAUCUACAAAAGCAUAAGAAGAAGGCCAUGAAUGUUGUCACUAGUGAUUCUGAAACUGAUUCAGAUGAAGAAGAAGAAGAUCUGAAGAAUUUUGUGGCUUUGACAACUUUCAAUUCUAGUUCAGAUAUAGAUUCUGCGUCAGUCUCUGAAUUAGUGUCUGCAUCAGUGUCUGCAACAGGGUCUGCAUCAGCAUCUGCAACAGGGUCUGCAUCAACAUCUGCAACAGGGUCUGCAUCAGCAUCUGCAACAGGACCUGUAAUUAAAAGUGAAAACGAUGAAUGUGAUAGUGAUGCAGAGAGUGUUGAUGAUGAAGAAUUUGCUGAGAAUUAUAGAGCCUUAUAUGAGCAUUGGCUUAAAAUGGUUGAAGAGAAUUCAGUGUUAACUAAGGAGAAACUCAAGUUAGAGGCUAAAGUCAUUGAAGUACAGAAAUAUGCUGCAGAAAAAGAAGAAGAAGCAUCACAAGCCAAAGUACAACUUGAAGAAACUCAAAAGAAUUUGAGGAUGCUUAAUAAUGGCACAAAGAAGUUGGAUCAUAUUCUGAAUAUUGGCAAGAUUGAUAAGUGUGGCCUUGGAUUUGAAGGAAAACUUUCAAAAUCAGAUCCAGUGUUUGUUUAUGGUGGAAAAAUCACGUCUGGAUCAGGAAGUGUGUCAGAAACUGCAACUAUGGCAGAGACUGCAUCCGGUACAAGAACUACUACGAGAACUGGUACAGAGUCUGAUACAGGAAAAGUUAAAGAACUGCAGAGUGCACCUCAACGAGUUUUUCGACCUGUUUGCCAUCAUUGUGGUAUUGUUGGGCAUAUUAGGCCAAGGUGUUUCAGAUUGUUGAGGGAGAGAAAUCGAAUGGAGAAUGCUUAUGAUAAGAGAUUUCAUGGUCCUACAUGUUAUCAUUGUGGAGUUCAAGGGCAUAUUAAGAGGAAUUGUUUCAGAUUCAUUCGAGAAUCCAGUCAUGAAGGCUUAAGGCGCAUGAAGAUUUGGGUUAGGAAAGAUGAUUUCUAUGGAGGUGGUGUACUAGGCUAUCAACCUCGUAUUGCAAAGCGGGGAGAAUUUUCUAAGUAGUUUUGACCAUGUUGUGACUCAUUCAGGGGGAGAAUGAUGAUGUGUUUCGUGAUGUUGUUUUGGAGUUAGAACUGUUGAGUUCACAAACAUAGUCAAAAAGGGGGAGAUUGAAGAUGUAGCUGCAGUCUGAUUAAGUUGUUGAAUGAGUCAAGAAGUAAUACAAGAGUUUGUCUGAUGGAGUUGCUGAAUGACUCAAGAAGUAAGUCAAGAUGCGACUGUUUUUGUGUGAGUGUCGGUUUCUAGAAGGUUUGAGAAGAUAUGUUUGGAGCGUGUUUAGAGGAUGAAUCACAAAGGAAAAAGGACUUAAAGAGAUUUGGAAGACUUGAUGAAAGUGGAGUUUGGUGAGAAAAAGGAAAAGUAUAAAAGGAAAUUUACUUUUUCUUAUGGAAAUUGGAAAUCUUCUCCUAUGGUGAUUAGGAAAUCGUUUUGGCUAUAUAAGGAGGAGCUGAGGACGUCUUUGAGGAGCAAGAGAGCUGAGGCAUAGAGGCAAAUCAUUGAGAGCUUUCAGAGGGUGUGUGCGACAUAGUUUCGCGGUUUUGUGCAACUUAGUUUUGCGGGUUUUGUGCUUUGUGUGAUCAAGUGGUUUUGUUUUGAAGUCUAGGCUCAAGGGGAGUUUAGCUCAGGGUUAGGUUAUCCUGAUUAA